ACCCGAUUUAUCAUGUCAUUAAAUCAGAAACACACUGCGUUGUUUGUAUGCGAUGUACAAGCUAUUUUUUCAAAAGUCAUCAAGAACUUUGAUGCUGUGAUGGAUAUUACGAAUAAAAUGGUACAAUUUUCGAAGAUACUCAAUUUACCUGUUUUGAUAUCAGAGCAAAAUCCAUCUUCUCUAGGAAAUACAGCACCGGAAAUUAACUUCAAUGAGUCGAGAUUGCUAACAGAGAAACCAAUUCCAAAGACUAGAUUCUCUAUGGUCAAUGAUGAUGUUCUCUUUGCACUCAAAACGAGCGGUAUAAGGACUGUAUUGUUAGUUGGAAUUGAGACACACAUAUGUAUUCUCCAAACGUCCCUUGAGUUACUUGAAAAUGGAUACGAAGUCCAAAUUAUUCUCGAUGGUGUCUCUAGUUCCCACUCAGGACAUAAGAAAACAGCAAUUGAGCAAAUUAAGCAAGCAGGUGGUAAAAUCACGACUUCAGAGACCGUACUCUUCCAGUUAAUGUCUGACUCUUCAGACGAACGUUUCAAGAGUUUCCUCAAGUUAAACAAAGAAUAUGCAACUAAAAGCGUAAAGUAAGUAUUUAAUAUUUGCUAUUUUCAACUAAACUAAUGUACUCAAG